UCUCCUCCUCUCUCUCCCUCAGUCCUGCUUUUUCUUUACAUUUCACCAUUUACUCUGGAUCAGUACACUGGACCUGUCGGAGCUGAGGGUGGUUAUUCGGGACAUCAGUUUAUGAUUCCGACCCAAACUGUCCCACAUAAGGAACAGCACGGAUGAUGCGUUUUGCGUUACAGCUAUUCAAUGAAAGAAGAGACGCGCAAAAGAAGAGAUGGGCACCGUUCCUGGACUUUCACCUUCCCGGUUAUGGGGAAAAUGUUGUCAUCACGCUGUGCUGGUUGUAGUCAUGGUGGUUUUUGUCCAGUUUUGCGCAGCGUUUAACUUGGACACUGAGACACGCGUCGUUUUCACUGGUCCACGGGGAAGUUAUUUCGGCUACUCUGUGGAGUUCUUCAGUAACUCAUCCAGUAUCAGCAUUUUGAUCGGUGCUCCGAAAGCCAACACCAGUCAACCCGACAUCACUGAGGGAGGAGCUGUGUACUUGUGCCCCUGGAGCCAAACUAACUGCAGCAUUGUCAACUUUGACAAGCAAGGUGAUCGAUAUUUUUAUGUUAAUAAUGUGAACACUCGGGUUGAGUUCAAAUCCCAUCAGUGGUUUGGAGCUACUGUGCGUUCCCAUGGCAACAGCAUCCUGGCUUGCGCUCCCAGGUAUUACUGGAGGACCGAACAUGACACACCCUUUGCUGAUGUUACAGGAACCUGCUACCUCUCUGUAGACAGCCUCAAAACCUUUGUGGAGUAUGCCCCUUGUCGAACAGAAAGACAUGGACCUGCCGGACAGGGCUAUUGUCAGGGGGGAUUUAGUGCUGACUUCACUAAGGAUGGGAGGGUUGUGCUUGGAGGACCAGGCAGCUUUUACUGGCAAGGUCAGCUGAUCUCAGCCACCACGGAGGAGAUUGUUAAGGCCUACUACCCCUCUUAUUUUCUCCUGUCAGUUGCCGGGCAGAUACAGACCCAACAGGUGCAGGAGAGCUAUGAUGACAGUUACCUGGGUUACUCUGUGGCUGGUGGUGAGUUCAGUGGGGAUGAUGAGGAAGAUUUCAUCACAGGAGUUCCAAAAGGACUCAUGCUGUAUGGUUUAGUGUCCAUAUUAAAUGGAAGGAAUCUGAAGUCUCUGCUCAACUUGACAGGAGAGCAGAUGGGGUCCUACUUUGGCUACGCAGUGGCAGCAACUGACGUCAACAACGAUGGUCUGGAUGACCUGGUGGUGGGAGCUCCAAUGUUCAUGCGUCGAGGGUCCAGUGGGCGUCUAGAAGAACUGGGCAAGGUAUACGUGUACCUCCAGAAGGGCCCUUUGCUGCUGGAGGCAAGCCAGUCCCACCUCCUCGGUCAGCAGGCUUUCAGUCGGUUUGGCACCUCACUGGCUCCGCUGGGUGAUCUCAACCAAGAUGGAUUCAAUGACAUGGCCAUUGGCUGUCCCUAUGGAGGUGAAGACCAGCAGGGAUUGGUUCUCAUUUAUAACGGUCAUGCUGGAGGACUUCUGGACAUGCCCACUCAGACUCUCUCUGGUCAAUGGGCUUCCAACUCUUUCCCAGCCAGUUUUGGCUUUGCUAUGCGAGGCAACCGAGAUCUGGAUCAAAAUGGCUACCCAGAUCUGAUUGUCGGUGCUUUUGGGGUAGAUAAAGCAGUGCUAUACAGGGCUCGGCCAAUAGUGAGCGCCAGCGCAUCUCUCACAGUACAGCCGACCAUGUUCAACCAAGAGGAGAAGACUUGUAGGCUGAACACUAGCAAUGAAACCACUGAUGUGUCUUGUGUCAGCAUCACUUUCUGCUUGCUGGCUAAUGGGAAGCACCUUCCCUCUCAUCUAGGCUUUGUGGUGGAGGUUCAGUUAGACAGUAUGAAGCAAAACCAGAAAGAAUCCACGAGGAGGACCCUGUUCCUGGACAGUCAGCAGCCAAGUCUGGUGAAGACAUUCAAUCUUGCCAACGGAGAGCGCUUGUGCCAUGACACCAUGAUAUAUCUGCGGGGUGAAGAGGAGUUUCGGGAUAAACUCUCUCCCAUUUACGUCAGUCUCAACUUCAGUCUGGAUCCUCAUUCCGCAGUGCCCCAGCAUGGCCUCAGACCAAUCCUGAAUUAUCAGACAGAACAGCUGAUAGAGCAGAAGGCCCAGAUUCAACUCGACUGUGGAGAUGACAACAUCUGUGUCCCUGACCUCAAACUGGCUGUUAAUGGUGACAGAACUGAGGUGUACUUGGGUGAUGAAAACUCCUUGAGUCUGACGUUCAAUGCCAGGAAUGAGGGAGAGGGAGGGGCAUAUGAGACUGAGCUGUAUGUGGUACUUCCUCCAGAGGCAGACUACAGUGGAAUAGCACGGAACAAUGUGAGCUUGACCCAGCUGACAUGCAGCUACGAGACAGAAAAUCAGACCCGGUAUCUCGUGUGUGAUCUGGGGAACCCCAUGAAGCCUGGUACCAGUUUAUGGGCUGGCCUUCGGUUCACUGUGCCCAGACUAAAGGAUACUCACAGCACUGUACAGUUUGAGCUCCAAAUACGAAGUAAAAAUGCAAAUAACUCUGAGAGUGAGGUAGUGUUGUAUGAGUUGGAGGUGGCUGCGAUGGCUGAUGUCAUUCUGCAAGGUGUUUCUCGACCAGACAAAGUCAUCUUUCCCCCUCCCAACUGGACUGUUCAUCAGAGUCUGAGGGAAGAGCAGGACGUCGGCCCCGAGCUUCAGCACGUCUAUGAGUUGGUAAAUAAUGGUCCCAGUGUGGUCAGCCAGUCAACAUUAGAGAUGAGAUGUCCUCUGAGGGGACACGGCCAUGAGCUGCUCUAUCCAGUGGAGGUGGUCACUGAGGGGCCGCUGACCUGCUCCUCCAAAACAACUGUUAAUGCACUGAAACUCAAGCUCCAGCCUCCAGCAGCACAGGGUCCCACGUCACUGAAAUCCAACACUGAGCACCACAUCCAGAGAAGGGAGGUGACCAAAGAUCCUCUAGCUGAACAAGGAAACCUGACCUGCUCUACAGUGGAGUGCUGGCAGCUGCAGUGUCAUGUUGGGCUGCUGGAGAGAGGAGGCAGUGUUAUUCUGACUGUACGUUCCAGACUCUGGGCUGAAACCUUCAUUGAGAGGCCCUAUAAGCAGUAUGUUCUGGAGUGCUCUGUUGGGUACAAAGUGGACAGGAUGCCUUAUUCUAUCCUCCCUAAAUUCAAGCCAUCUGGAUCCAAAAAGGUGGUGACAGCUGUGAUCUGGAACAAGCCGGACACUUUGUUCCCUGUUCCAGUGUGGAUCAUCAUCCUGGCUGUUCUAGCUGGGCUGCUGUUACUCUCCCUGCUCAUAUAUCUACUGUACAAGAUGGGCUUCUUUAAAAGGUCAGAUCCAUACGGUACGACCAUGGAGAAGGCCCAGCUCAAACCCCAGGCGUCCUCUGAAGCUUAGAUCCAAGACAGACCCUCCCCUGCAGCUGUUCCAAAGAACUGGAAUUAUUGUCAUAUUCCUAAACACAGAGGGAAACUUGCUAACGAUAAGCAGGCAACCCAUUUAUGAGGGGACAAUUAUGGGUGCUGUAUCACUGGAAUACAAAAUAUCUGGUGCUGCACUAAAAUGCCAAAGCAGGAAAGACUAUAUGUGUCAUGCAGUUGUAUAUGCACUGCUCUUUGAUACAUACAAUCAAUACAAUCAAGAGCAAGAUCUACGAAGCUUCUGCAGAGAAUGAAAUAACAAGGACUUCCACCUAAGAAGCUUGUCCCAGUGGAAACAUGCUUCUUUGGAAAAUACUCCACGGACAGAAUUUAGUACAAUAAAACAAAUGCACCUCCAACAAAGUACAGUAUUCCUUCAGUCCUAAAAAGUAUAUUGUAAGUCACUUUUGCAAUCCCAGUGUUUAAUAUCUGUUUAAAUUCCUGCUUUUGUAUGGUCUAUACACCACUUGUUAUUUAUGGCACAGUCUUUUCCUAUUGAUGGUUGAAUGUUGUACUGUACUGUCUGCAGGACAAUCCUGGUGAAACUGCAAUGUUUAACUUGAAUAAUUCCUCUCCCAUAUUGGGAGGUAUUUUGUGUGUGUUGUAAUGUAUGUAAUGUAUUCAUUGUGUUAUGACCUGUCAGUGUUGUGGCCCAGAAUAAAGCCAAAUUUUGUAUACCCAUUAAAAA